GUGCGGCUAGCUCUAAGAAUAACCCAGGCAGGCAGGGCAGAAUAGCCUGGGUUAAGGUUACCUUGAAGCCCRUGUCCCGUCCUAAGCUUCCUGAUCUACACCAAUCAUGGGCAGGGGAAACUUUUAGGCUGGAUCCCGAACUCUCCACUGGCCGGCCCUGGAACUUUUUCCCUCGACUUUUUGCUCUCUUCCUGGACAUUAACUGAACCUCUUCAGAGACCCUGAGACUGUGACCCUUUGGUAUAUUUUACAUUGUGAUMCUUUAGGGGGGAUUAAACAUCCAGUCCAGACACCAGGUGUAAUAUAUUUAGGGUCUUUUUGCAUGGUCCCAUCCUCUCCUUGARGAUCAGGACUCAAACAGGAUUAGCCCUGAGGCGCUGCAUGUAUUUUUUUCAACACAACUCUGUUGCUGAAAUUACAUUUUCAAACUGCCAUGACUGAGGGAGUCGAAGCGCAAUCCUUCACCACAACCAUGGUCAUUGAGAGCAAAAAUGGAGAGGCAGGACACCCCCCAGCCAGGGUGACCAAGAGGACCGCAACUGACGACCUGUACACCACCUUCAGUUCCCCUAUGGCKUGGAUCCUGGUCGUAGCCCUGGUCGUCACCUGGUCUUGUGUGGCCAUCAUCAUGUUUGAUCUGAUGGACUACAAGGGCCUCACAGAUCAUACAUUAUACUGUGACGACCCCUGUUUGCCACCUGGGGUCUCCCCACCUCCCGCUGUCAGGAAAGUAAUUAAGGAUGCAGGAAGGUCUAGAGGAAGCAUUCAGCAUAUCAGCUCGGACCCCAUGAAAGUGGUGAACGAGGCGGUGGAGGAGUCCACUGACUGGGGCAAACUGCUUCUGACCUUUGUCUCCAGCCUGGUAGCACCCGAGGAGGAGGAAAUCGAAGGUGAGCUACAUCCGGUUAAGAAAAAAGCUGCAUUCCUACCGUCCAGAAAACAAGUUGCAGGGAUGUUUGCCGAGGAAAAGGAACCAGUUGCGGAAGUAGAGGAGGAGGAGGAAGAGGAGGAGGAAGAGGAAGAUGAUGUAGAUGAAGUGGAAGAUGAGGAAGAGGAUGGAGAGGAUGGAGAGGAUGAGGAUACGGAAGAAGAGGAUGAAGAUGAGGAAGAAGAUGAUGAGGGUGAGGAAGAGGAGGAAGAAGAUGAAGAAGAGGAGGAAGAGGAUGAGGAAGAGGAAGCAGCAGCUGAGGCCGAGGUAGUUGAGGAUGAUGAUGAUGACGAUGACGAUGAUGGUGAAGCAGAUGAAGAGGACUCUGCUGCAGCGACUGAAGAAGAUGAUGAUGAGGACGAAGAGGUGGCUUCAGAGGCUGAUGAUGAGGAGGGUGAUGAUGAGGAGGGUGAUGAUGAGGAGGAAGAAGUGGCUUCAGAGGCUGAUGAUGAGGAGGAUGAUGAGGAGGAGGAGGAAGAGGUUGCUCCACAGGCUGAUGAGGAGGAUGAGGAGGAGGUGGAAGAGGCUGUUCCAGAGGUGGCUGCUGCUGAGGCUGAUGAUGAGGAAGAGGAGGAGGAGGAGGAAGAAGCAGCUGCAGCUGAUGAGGUGGCAGAGGAAAAUGAAGGUGAAGAUGAAGCUGCUGCAGAGGUCAUUGCUGAGAUUGAUGAGGAUGAGGGCCCCAUUCUGAUUGAUGUUGAUGACACAGAGACAGAAACUUCUGCUGGAGAUGAUGGAGAGGAGGAUGACACCAUAGCUGAAGCUGAAACUGAAGCAAUUACAGAUGAGGAUGCCAGUGAUGCUGCUUCCACUGAUGAUGAUGAUGAUGAUGAUGAUGAUGGUGAUAAUGAAGAGGAUGAAAAUGCUGUAGCUGGUCCUGCUGCUGCUGCCAGUGAUGAAGCCACAGAUGAUGCUCCUGUUUCGACUGCAGAUGAUGAUGAUGAUAAUGUUGAUGAGGAAGAUCAUAGCAUAGAUGUUGACCAAACAGAUGACGAUACUAAACCCAUUGACCUAGAAGAUGACGAUGAUGACGAUGAUGAUAUCAAAGUCGAUCUUGCUGAUAGUGAGGAUAUGGAUAUCUCAGACACAUUAGCUGAGGAUACAACUGAUGACUCUACAGAUUUAAAGGACACUGAUGAUGACGAUGAUGGCAAAGUCAGUGAGGACAGUGGUGCCGAUGACAAUGACAAAACAGUCGAGGAUUCAGGACAGACUGUUAUAGAUGUCUCAGACAUUUCUGAUGACACAGAAGACGAUGAUGAUGAUGAUGAUGAUGAUGAUGAUGAGGUGAAGGAUUCAGCUGAAGAGAUCGGCAAAGAAGAUGACGAUGAGGAUAAUGAAAUCACAACAGAAGCCUUUGAUAGUUCAGCACCUGAAGAAGAUGAUCUAUCCAAGGAUGACGACGAUGAUGAUGAUGACAUUGAUGACCUUCUUUUGACAGAGAUCAUCCUUUCAGAAGCACUGGAGGAGGAGGAGGAGACUGAGGAAACAUCUGCUGAACCAGAACUGACAAUAGAGGAAGCUCUGGAAGAGGUAGUGGAGGAAGGGACAGCAGAGCCCAAACCUGAGGAGGAGGUAGAACCCAUCACUGAACGAGAGGGGUUAGCACCAGAGCCCAAGAGGGUAUUACCUAAACCCGAGGAGGUAGAACCUGCAGCCGAAGAACUAAAGGUCAAGCAAGCUGCUCCUCCUGCAGAACAAGUAGUGUGCCCUUGUAUGCAUUCGUCCAAGCCCAAAGAGGCCAAAAGUGAGCCAACGGAGGAGAAAGUUAAAAUGGCCACUCCCGACAGGAAGAAGGCAGAGCCCCCUAAAAAGGAACCAGUAGUGAGAGCUAAGAGAGAGCGUGACAUGUGCAGGCCAGUUGAGAAGCCAAAAAGGAGAGAGGCUGCAAGGAAAUUGGAAUUAGAAGCGGCGAUCAGGAAGAGAGAACUAAGACUUAAAAAGGAAGCGAAGGCCACAAAGGAAGAGUCUCAACAUGUAGAUGCUGGGGUGCCUGCACCUGCAACUGCGCCAGUUCCCGCCUGUCAACCCACACAAGUCUACUGGCCAUCAUCAUCUCCUGGCUGGUAUUUGCAUCAUAUAUUCACAGACAAUCCAUUUCCACCUACAACUAUGACAGCUCCUCCAGCUCAGCCAUUUUAUCAAGCUCCUCCAGCUCAGCCAUUUUAUCAAGCUCCUCCAGCUCAGCCAUUUUAUCAAGCUCCUCCAGCUCAGCCAUUUUAUCAAGCUCCUCCAGCUUAUCAAGUUUAUCAAGCUCCUCCAGCUCAUCCAGCACCAGCUCAACCAACAGCUCCAGUUCAACCAGCACCAGCUCAACCAGCACCAGCUCAACCAACAGCUCCAGUUCAACCAGCACCAGCUCAACCAGCACCAGCUCAACCAAUAGCUCCAGUUCAACCAGCACCAGCUCAACCAGCUCAACCAACAGCUCCAGUUCAACCAGCUCAACCAGCACCUGCACCAGCACCUGGACCUGCACCAGCUCCAUCGACUCAAGAACCACAGGCUCCCAAAGAAAAGGCUGCCUCCACAAAGACGGUUCCAAAGGAAAAGACCAAGGCAGCUGCCUCAAAGACGGAGUCUCCUAAAGGAAAAGUUAAGAAGCAAGAACUUGUGGUGUCCAAAGGGAAGUUCAAACCAGCUGUUGUAAAGAAAGAAGCUGUUGUCUCUGAAGAAAAGACAAUACCUUCCACGACAAAGAAAGAGGUUGUUGUUUCCGAAGAUAAAGCUAAGACAACAGCUGCCAAGAAAGAUCCUGUGGAAAAGGACAAGGACAAAAUAACUCCUACAAAGAAAGAACCUACAAUCUCCAAAGAAAAAGUCAAGGCAACCACUAGCAAGACAACCACACCCACUACCAAGAAAGAACCGUCUACUGCAAAAGCCAACGCCAAAUGGUCGCUUGUAAAGAAUGUUGUUUUGGAACCCGAGCCCCCUAAAGAGAAAGCCACUCCAAGAGUUCCCACUAUGAGAAAAGGUCCUGCAGUGAAGGAGAAGCUAACUAACGCACCUGAAGCAGAAGAAGACAAGGUGAAGGAUGUGAAGACAUCAGACGCCAAAGCUAAAGCCACACAAUCUGUGAAGACAGCCKAGCCCACUAAACCACAUAAAGCUGAGAAGACUGAGAAGGCUGAGAAGACUGAGGAGGCUGAGAAGACUAAGAAGACUGAGAAGGCUGAGAAGACUAAGAAGGCUGAGAAGACUGAGAAGGCUAAGAAGACUGAGAAGGCUGAGAAGGCUGAGAAGACUGAGAAGGCUAAGAAGACUGAGAAGGCUGAGAAGACUACGAAGACUGAGAAGGCUGAGAAGACUGAGAAGAAAGCUGUGAAAGAGGCUCAAGAAAAAGAAGUAAAGACCCCUGGUGAAGCAAAAGAUUCUCAGACUGAGGAGAGAGCCACGGACAAGAAGAAGACGUCGGGUCAAACAGUCUUGCAGUGUGUUUUUAUUGGUGGAAAGAGUGCCCACUACCCUUUGCUACCUCCCACCCCUGGUGUGACCCCUGUGUCGAUGAGCCCAGCCAUGCAGUCCAUGAUGAUGCAGCAGGUGCAGCAGCAGAAAGCCCGAGCAGUGGGACAGUAGACUAGCUCCUCACCCCUAUGCUGCUCCCUCAUCUCAGUCUGCACUUCAACGUUAACCAGCAGGUGGCGCUGCUUGUAUUUACUUCUGGCCCACUGGCUUCUCAUUGAAAACGGAGGACAAUCAGGAACUAAAGGGGAAGGAUGGAUGGACAGUACAGUAUUAUUUAUUUUUCUAUGACCGGUCGAGCUCCCGUGAGUUUCUAAGUCCCUAAAUUCCUUUCCUUUAGCUGUGGCUUUGCUGCUUUUUCWACACUCUUAGAAAAACGGUUACGAAAGGGAUCUCUGUCUGUCCCAAUAGGAGAACCCUUUUUGUUCCAGGUAAAACCGUUUUUGGUUCCAAGUAGAACCAUUUUGGGUUC